UCGUAUUUUGUUUUUCCUUUGAUUCAAGACAUUUUGAAUCGAAACGCACUGCUUCUAUACUACACCUUCGUGAAACAAUCGCAUGAAGUGGUGAGCUGAGCCGGUAGGUGCGCGCGUGCAUUAAUGAACUGUUAGUGCGCGGUCGAAAACCGUUCUGUUGCGCGUAUCACUAACUUAAGAUAUUUAAAGGGAUAACACCAUUCUGCGCAAGGAUACAUCGAUUUGCCACCUUCGAAUUCCGUAUCAUGGGCAUUGCCUACAAAAAGCAACUACAUGAAGAAUAAAAAGUUCUCGAUGGUCCUGAUCUGCACCGCAACUAGUUAACCAAUUUGAAUCAAAAUGAAGAUUCUUCACCUUCUCUUGCUUUUCUUCUUUGCCCUGCAAAUUUCCGGCCAAAGAACAAGAGCGCCCCCAGCGGAUCAGGGAACAAAUGGUGCUGAGAGAACAACUCAACCUAGGGGCCGGGGCCGAACGAGAUUUUCAGCCACACAAGAAUAUUCAGACACUUCCGAUUUAUCCGAUUCAGGGAGAAGGGCAAAUUCUAGGGCUAGAACUGCUACUAAUGCUAACAGAGCAACGACCAUUAACGGGAACCGGGCAUCAACUACUAGCGGAACCCGAUCUUCCAGUAAUGGAUUAACUAGCAGUAGAACUUCAAAUUUCAAUGGAAAUAGAGUAUCAACUAAUACGGGUAGUCGUAGCUCCGAGCGUAGAAGUCGUCCUACAGAACAGCCUACGGGUUACGCUGUGCAAGAAAUUUUAAACGAAUCGCCUAUCGACUCAUUUCGACGACAAAGCAGACCGAGAGUUUUAACCGAGAGCAGAUUUGAUCCGGUCAUUCCGCCUAGAAGAACCACCACCGAAUCCGUCGAAUUGGUGAGAGACGAAGCGGUGGAAGAAUUCGUUAGUACGUUUGGCAGUACGGCUAGAGCAAUUUUAUCGGCGAGAGGUGAAGUUCCUCCACCGCCACCAUCGAGAACGACCACACCAAAAAUCGACGAAGAGUAUUUGAGUACUUUCGGUGACGCUGUGCGCUCGUUGGUGCCAGCUAAAGUUACCACUUCAAGAGUUGACGAUGAAUAUUUGAAUAGUUUCGGAAACACCAUAAGAUCCAUUGCUGCUUCUAGAGGCGCAGUGGUAGCUAGCGGACGGGCUUCACCUUCGCGAACAAUAAAUAGAAAUGAAGUCCAGCAGCAAAGAGCAACCCCUUUACGAUCCGAAACUCCAAUAUUAAACGAGGAAGAUAUUCCGCUACAAAAACCUUCACUCAGAGAUCCUUUGCCCUCUCUAAGAGGUUCCGACUCAGAUCUAACACAGACACAAUCGCUAAGGUCAUCGUCGAGAAAUAGAGGUCAGGACAGAAUUCAAGAGGCUGGAACAAAUGAUAGAUAUGAGCCUCAGAGACGUGUCGCGUUGGACAGCAUUGAGGACGUCCGAUAUGAACCGGAGAGGAGGGUGGUGGAAGAACCAGCCAACGUCAAAUAUCAACCCCCGUCUGAAGUACUAGAACAGGGAUUAGUAGAUUUAAAGGAAGAGAUUACAGGAAUUAAUUCUGGCGAGGCUCCCAUCGAAGAAAUAAGUGUAGAAGAGGAGCCUCAAAUCAUCACUCCUCUAAAACCGACUGAACCUCCGCAGUCGAGAAGAGUGCAACAGGUUGGAGGUCAGCGUUCUAAUACUAGAGGACGUACAGUGGAAUACGAAUCGCAACCGGCCACAAUACAAAGGUCGAGAAGUUCUCUUAACCGCGCCAAUCAGAGAGCAGAAACAGCUAGCAACGUGCAAGUCUCAAGGGGAAGAGGUGCUAGGAGGAGGUACGAAGAUGUUUCCGCUGCCGAAAGUAAAACCAGAGGCCCUUCUAUUUUCACGGAGGAGGAAUAUCAAGUAGUUAAUACUAGAUCCAGAACUGGCAGAAGGAUCGGUGCCGACUUGGAGAAGUCUAUAGACUUGUCACCGACUACAACAAGAAGUAGAACUAGCGGGAGAAGAGCUACCACAGCAAAAUCCGGAGGGCGGUACACGAAUGUCGACUACGGUGUUAAGAGUGUAACCGGCUCCAAAGAACUCCCUACUAUAUCAUCGAGACGAAGCAAAUUGGUUUCUAAAGAUGAUUUAACGACGCCGUCUAGAAGAAAUAAUAUAGCAUCCGGUGUUAGUGUAACGAAUACCCAGUCGCGAAGUAGACUAGGUGAUAUUACAACAAUAAAUGAAGAUAGGUUGGAAGUUCUUCCUUUAUUUGAUCGAGAAUCGAGGGUAGUUGCUCCAUCUAGUCGCACGAGGGGUGGAUCUAGCCGCAGGCAAAACUCGGUUAACGAUUCGUUUCAAGCUAGCGCGACGGAGAACGACAUGAGGUUUGUUCAAAAACCUUCGAGCGCUGUUACACGGGUAAGCGUGUCUAUGACGCAGAGCGUAGAACCAAGAACCCCACCAACUACGAGAGCUGCUACAAGAAGAAUUCCUACGACACCCUCAGUACCAGUCACCGCAAGACCUACCACUUCUACUCUCAGAACUACUAUAACCACUACAACUGCUAAACCUACUACGAGAAGAGCGCCACUGAUCAAGGAGUCGGUGAUUGCAGAAUACAACGAGGUUACUUCGAAAAGUACGAUAACGAGGAGGAAAAAGGGAGACAAGUUGAAAACGGAGCCUAAUACUUCCAGAGGAUAUAAAAAAUCUAAUAGUAAAGGAACAGUUGGAAAUAAAAAGAUUUCCGAAGAAGACGUUGAUGAAGAGGAAAACUAUCCAGCGGCGUUCAAAGCUCUUAUACAAGCUAAAAAAAUUGAUGGGGGCGUUGGAAAACCUUCUCAGAGUGAAAGUAGCCACAUCGUUGGCAAUGCCAAAUCCGUCGUGACUUCUUCCUUGCCUAAAUCCUCAACGGCGAGUCGGACGGUCACGGCAGAAGCUGCGGGAACACGAAAAGGGCUUCAGGCAGAAAACUUUCACGAAAAUGAAAUCGAUUCAGAAACUAAGUUUUCCCCGGCGACACCCUCAUCGACUGGUCGACCGACCAGAAAUCGUCAACUAACUAAAGCUGCAGAUAAAAAGCGAAAAUUAACUAGCAGUACCGUUCAAACUGCAUCCGUGAACAAUAACAAAAGGAAAUACACUAGACAACCACCGUCCGAGAACCAUCCCAAAAGAAAACAACUCAGGUCUACCGCUGUGCCACCUUCCACGACGCCCAUACCUGCGUCUAAAAUAGACACCAGAGUUCCGGCAAAGUUCGUUAAGAAAGACUCUAGUUCGACUUACGCUAGAAACGGGCAAAAUGAUACGAGAAAUCCCACUGGGGAUUUGGAACCUGCGAAACCAACUAUACCAUUCAAAAAAUUCAACAAAUAUAGUUCUCGGUACCGCAAUGAGCUGACAGCCAGAAGUAAUCAGCUGAAAUCGACCACAAACGCUCCAUUUUAUGUUCCGACUAUUCCUACGCCAGCCUACGUUCCUACGGUACCCACGAUAACACCUCCCAUAACGACGGUGCCCUUGCGCGAACGCAGACGACAUAGAGGUGAUGUGUUGGAACUAGAAGCUAUAACGUUUGAUGAUCCGGUGAACACAAUCGCUUCUGCGAGCUUGGUUAGUGAGGAACCUCGAUCGGUGGAUAAUACCAUCAAACUCACACCUUUGGUAAAGGACGGUACCACGGAAAAACCAGUAUCCAUAAUAGAAAGGAUUAUAAAUUCGAUAACGUCAAUAUCGACUACGCCAUCACCGAACGUAACGACGGCAGCGGUUACGAAAACCGCAGAUGAUAACGAGAGCUCGGCUAUUCUGAAAUUAGCCCCAAAAAAGUCAAACGUCAAAGACAAGACCAGACAAGACGACAAACAAAAUAGUUCUGUUAUCGAGUCGCUCACGAGCGAAAAGCCGACCACUAUUAUCGAGAAAAUCUUAUCUUCCUUGUCUGCCAUCCAGACAAACGAAGUAGGUACAUCCAAUUUCAAUACCGUAAGCAGUUCUUCCACCACUCCACUGUCUGCUGCAACAAAGUUUUCGGCCAAGUAUAGGGUUAGUUCUGUAGGUAUUACUACUACAACGCUUCCUGCACAUUUGCCUAUUAGCACUUCUGUCAAUCCCCUAAACGUGUUUGACGAAAUUGACGAGAACCAAGUUUUGGAAAAACGAACGAUAGGCAAACUGCUAGACAUACUUAACGGUCUUGCGUCUGGAAAGACUUCCCAAAAGUUGGUGGUUGUCACUCCAAAAACGGUCCACUCGGGCACGACUUUCUCUGACAAAGAACUUUCUACCUACCCGAUAACCUUCGUCACCGGUGCACCGCAAAGUCAGGAACCACUGGAAGCGCUUCCCGUAUCUGCUAUUUCUGACGACUUUGCUUUAGUAGGUAACGACUUGCCUUCUGUAAAUAUCGAUGCCCCCUCAUCGACGGAAUUCGUAAGUACUACUACCGAACCUUCCAGCUCUGCUAUCUCAAGCUCAAUGCUUUCUGUGUUUACUGAUACGGCACCAACUUCCACAACGCCAAACUCAUUCUUUACCACUCCUACGGAAAUUGUCGAUAUCGAAAGCACGACAAUUGCCCCAAUUUUUACUGAACAAAGCAACUCCGCCACUACUACACAAGACGCUGUCAGCGCGAACACAUCGGAGCCGGUCGAAACCACCACUUCUCAGUAUAAAAGAGAAACCACAACCACACCUUCCGGUUCACACAUUUAUUCGAUACCAGCGUCAUUACCUACACCGGUAAACUUCGAAGUGAGUCCCGGUAGUGUGUUGAUAAUCUCAGCUAACGAUGUGUCUAAUCCCGCUACCUCAGAUGAUAAUCAGUUUAAUACAGUAACAAUCGCCAGUAGAAUAGGUAAUCUCGAUAACACUCUCCUAACAUCAACCACAACCGAUAGUUUUACCACCGCCGAAGCAACCACCGAAAUGGACAUAUCAACGAUCGCAACGGAAGGCACCACAGAUGUAUCGACAAUAGAAAUCGCAACUAGCACUACUGAAGAAAUACCAAUAACAGUUUCACCAACCACCUGGUUGCCCUCGACUAAUAAAUCGGAUAGACAAUUUAACAGAGCUGGUAGAAUCCUCGCUAAUGAUGUAGGCGCUCCCGUAGGCAAUAGUAUCGACAUUUCCACACCACCAACGACCACGUCUACAACACCCGAUUAUUUUGUUUUCGCAGUCCUCAAUAAUAACACCAUCUUGAGAAAAAAACCCCCAAUCAUUCCUAAAGAGGUUCCGUUCGUGAUCUUAGGUCUCUACCCGAACAAUACUGUCGUAAGGAAAUUUCCGAACGGUACCGUGGUUCCUAUGGAACAAGUAAUUAAGGUCAGAGGCUUUGAUACCCGUCCGAAUCCUCCACCAUUGCCAGAAAUAACCAGUAACCAAGUAACUGACCUCAAUGGAUUGACAUCGGAAGAUGAUAAUCGAGUCACGGUCGACAGGAAUGAAAUGUCACGAAUGAACAUGAAUCCACUAGCACUCACUAGUACUCCGCGGCCAAGUACUAGUAGCCAAUCCGUAAGCACAGUAAUAAUUAAUCCUACAAUUCUUCCCCCUAACACUCCGACACCGCCUAUUGUCGCACCAACUUCAACUAAGGGUGAGGAAAUCAGUCUUGCGGCAAGUACGACUACGACGGAAAGCACCCAAGUAACAACCGAAGUUUCUCCUGCGGUUACUAGUACCCAAUCACAGACCACCAGUAGACCCACCAUACCACCGACACUUUCGGAGCUUUUGAAUGGAAAAACGUUAGAAGCUUUAGAUAAUAUUAUUAAAACCGAUCCGAGCAGUCCCAAGAAACCAAAUUACGAAACUCUUACAGUCAACAAGUACAACGAAGUAUUGAACAUACAAGACUUGUUAAACAAAAACAAUCGAGGGAAACCAGUUAAGAAGGAAAGCAGCCAGAGUGAUACCUUAACCCAGACGUCAACUCAACGACAGAUUGCCCCUUUUACAUCGCCGUUAGUAACUACAGAACAAUGGUUUAGUUUUCCAACAACGGAGCAAGCGACUUCUUCAGAGCUUGCUUCCACGUUUGCUCCUACCACCAAUCGCAUAUCAGAAACCACGAUAACGACCGAAAGGAUUCCAGAAGUGACCACUACUGAAUCGACAACCAAAUCUAUCUCAACGACUACUACCACCACGCAACCCUCAUCUGCAAGUACGACCGUGGAGCCGCGAAUACGAGCAACGACACCUUUAGCAACAAUAAUACCAUCUACAAUAUUGCCAACAUUAUUUUCGACCCUCUUUCCAACGUUGGUAAGGGGAACUACCAAUCCACCCUUGUCUAGUACCAAAGCGUUUAGUACAACUACGGACUACGACGACAAAUAUGAAGUACUUAGCUUUGCUGGAACUACGGUUCAACCGACAACCGUAGCACCGACAAUAACGUCAUCGCCAUUGUCACAAGGCAUAUCGACCACCACCCAACCCACUACUACGUCGACUGAGCCAACAACCACUACGGUACGUACUACGACCCCUAAAAAGGCUACGACAACCGCGAAAACCGAAUCGUCAGCCACUGUACCCACAGAUUUCGCUAAGGCUGUCAAACUCAAGGAGCUGACGGCUGAACAGAGAAAAAAUUUGGAGGAAAUUGCCAAGUUAGAAAAACAACAAGCCGAAUUGCUCAGACAAUUGAAUUUCCUAACAUCAGUGUUUGGAGGACCAUCGCUUAAAAUGCCUAAUGCAGCUAAUGCGGGAGGUUCCGGACUGGCUAAUAGGGUUAUUAAUAUGGCUGUGGCACGCGACAAAACCCGAUCAACAACCACACCGUCCACGAAACGGACAACGAAACGUCCAAAUUCCAUACAAGAUCAGUUGUCUGCCGUUCAAGACUCGCCAUCUGGAAACGAAACCGCAACCUUAGAGGAGAUUUUCAAGCAGCUGAAUCUAACAGGAUUAACUUCCACAACGCCAGCGUCCACUAAAACGACACCAUCCCUGGAAGAGAUUUUGAAGCAGUACAAUUUGACAGGAGUGUCAACUCCCGAACCACUGACUUCAACCUAUGGAAAAUCGGAUGAAGCCAUUUUGGCAACGCUUCUGAAAGAACAAGGCAUCGGUCCGUCGACUCCCAAAGCUUUGGCCGAUCAGAUCAAAGAAGCUGGUGCUACCACGAAAGCGUCUAAACCCAAACCCAAAUCGAGACCAAGGACAACCACACAGAGACCGGGAAGAUUGAUGCAAGGUUUGAAUUGGCUACUGGAUUUGCUAGAUCCGCCGACGACUAGAAGGCCGGCAACUCGCAAACCGGCAUCUAGGAAGCCGAAACCUAAAACCACAACUACCACGGAAGGAGCCACCAAAGUUCCUGAAAAGGAGACCUCGGAAGAGGAACUGUUGAGUCACCAACCGACAAGAAUUACACCGGUUGUGACGACAGCGCCAAAUGAAAUUAUGACAAAGCCCGAAUUAAGUCAAUCUGAAAUAAGGGCACUCAUAAAACAGCUGGAAGCAAUUCAAAGAAAUCCAAAGAGCAGCGACCAGUUAGACUUUUCAAAAAUUAAAAGUUUGCAAAAUUUACUAGAUGUCAAGGACGGAGUCGAAGUUAUAUCACCCGGUCAGCACGGGACUACACUCAGGGGGGUAAAUACGGCAUCGGGAAAACCCAAAGAAGUGAAGCGUGUGCCGGUUAAAUCGACCACAGUAGUGCCAUUUAGCGUGAGCAACAAAAUCGAGGAUGAGGAAUCGCUUCCAACAAGUACCGUAAGCUCCACAGCAAUUCCACCGGUAAGACUGAACCCCGUAGUCGGGAUCGAUGACGAUCCAUCGGAUCCAUUUAUCAGAAGCAAUUUAAUAACGGCCGCCGUCGGCGUGACCAGGGCGAUAUCGAAUUUCUUCGGAACUGCCUUUCAGGAUGCAGCGGUUCAAGUAAGGCACAUGAUUUCAAGUGGAACAAACGCGCUUUCAAAUAUCUCCGGCGGCUCUAAUAUACCGUCAGUCGCAAGCGCUAGCGCCGCUCUUAACCCGAGUGGUUAGCAAUCGAUCAGUAAAUUUUUGUCCCUAUUAAUCUUCAGCACAGCACGGGAGCGGCUAGAGGAUUUCAAAAUCUCUUAGGAGCCGGAUCCUCUAUGGCAACCCGUACGUCAGGAGCUAGUUUCGGUUAAAUACCGGGGUGACAUUUUGUAUAGCUAAUCACAAUAUUUUAAAGUAUAUAGAUAUGAAGAAAUAAAGAAUUGCUACGACAAGAAACAUUAAUUCGAAAUCGAAUGCCUUUUUUGAUCGGCUAAAAGAACUGUGAGUGAAACUCCCCACACCGCACCGUAGUUAUUCUCGAUUUCUUUGGUGUUUGACUUGGUAACAUAAAUUAUGGUGCCAUGUCGAACGGAUUGUUGAUAGUAUUAGUUAACGACUAAUUGUGAUAAAUAUUCUUUCCAAUACGUGCUCUAUUGUUAUAAAUGUUCUUCGUCAACUGCAUAUUGAUGCAGUUUUGUCGUAUGCUGAAUGAUUGUAUAAAAAAUUAAGAGGUGAAAAUAAGAGGUAUAAAUUAUUGUUCUAUGUAUAAAAAGUUUAUCUAUGUAGAUUGUAAAUUCUUUACGAUUGCUCCGCAAUUUAAAUUAUUGUAAUCGAAAUUUUCGGUGACUUUUAUAAAAUAAAUUUGCUGUAGAAAUGUAAAUAAUUAAUG